AUGGUUAUGGCACGUUUUCUAAUGACAAAUGCUAUUAUAGACCAAUUACUUGAACAUCAAAAUCAAAAUGCUAAUUUAUUUGAUUUUGAUCAAUUAUUAAUUUCAAUUCAAAUUGGAUCUAUAGAAAAAACUUGUGUUAGUGAAGCCUUAAAAACAGAUAUUACAUAUCUUUUAUCUUUAUGCGAACACGGUGAUCUACAUUUACGUGGUGCAUGUGCAAAUUUACUUGUUACAUUAAUUCAAACAACAAUUUAUCUUUUAACACUAUCAUCAUUAUCAAAUUCUUUUAUUAAUCAAUGUUCACUUGUAUCAACUGAUUCAAAAGACAGUUCAAGUCAUGCAUUUACAAUCAUGGGAAUUGAAUUAUUGAAAGAUUCUAUUCAACAUAGUACAAGUUCCUAUGUUCUUGCUAAAUUUGCUCUAGCUCAACUUAUAGAUGAUAUUGAUUUUCGAAUAUUAACUUAUCUUGAACAACAACAAUUAAAACAACAGUACCCUGAUAUACAUGUUCGUCAAGCAACUGCUUCGACUUUUGCUAAGUAUGUAUUUUGUAGAGAUAUUAACUAGGUAGCUUUUUUUCGAAUUUGGAUGAAUAAGUCGAUUUUAUUACAUUAAGUUAGUUAUGACUUAUAUUUAAUUGAGCAAUAAAAUAAUUGAAAUGAGCGAUAAUUAGAUUCAACAAUAAUUAUAUUGAAUCAGCAAUAACUAUACUGAAUGAGCAAUAGUUUAUUUAAAUUUUCAAGAUGAUCAAUGGGACAAUUCUGAUACAGGGAAUAGGAAAAUUCUGAUGUUAAAAAUUUAUUUAUACAAACCGUAUUUUUUCAAUGUUAUAAAAAAAAAUAUAUAAUUUAUAUAAAUGGCUCAAUCACAACGCGUAAUGCAGUAUAUUUCUGAUAGUGAAAGUGACAAUGAUAUGGAACUAGUCUCUUGAUAAUAGGGUGAGGAUGCAAACCCUCACCAAAGGCAAAAGAUGUAGAUAUUGAUACUAAAAGAAAAGAAGAAAGACCAGCUGAAGCAAAAAAAGCUUUAUUAACACAAUAAUAUAUUAAUUUUUCAUUUUUCUUUGUUUUUUAUUGUCAACUGUAAAUAAAAAUAUCUUACUCUUCCUUUUCUUGUUGCUAAAAUAUGAAAUUACUAUUGCUAUUUAAUGAAUUAAUUAUUGCACAUUUAAUAUUAUAAAAUUGCUCAAAGCUAGUUUUCUUAUUGCUCAAAAAUUAUUGCUAUAUCGCAUCUUAAUUAUUGCUCAUUCCAAUAUUUUUAUUGUUCAAAUAAAUACUAGCCAUUAGUUAUUAGCUACUUUUUGAUUUUAAGGUUUUGUUGAUCACAAUUCAUUUUUACCAUGUCAAUGGAUAUAUAAAAUUCAUCAUUUAUUACACGUU